CUACCACCCACUGAGCAGAGGGGAAAAAUUAGGCGUCCGUCUCUCUCCCUUCGCCCAAGGAACCCUAGCCCCCCAGGGAAUCGCCGGCCGCCGGAAGGUCGCCCAAAGCCGCGUCUAUCGGUCCCGCCGUCGCGGAUCCAAUGGCUCUGAAUGAGCGCCUCAGCAAAUUUAAGCAGCAGCAGGAGAGGUGCCAGACUACUCUAUCCAGCAUUGCUGCAACCCAGGCUUCAACUUCCAAGCUGCAAAUCUCUUCGAGGUCUCGGCCAGUGAAUGCUCCGUUGGCUCCAGCAAAACAGACACCGGCUAUUAAAUUCUCAAAUGAUACAGAAAGGCUUCAGCACAUCAAUUCAAUCAGGAAGUCUCCUGUUGGAGCACAGAUCAAAUUAGUAAUUGAGCUUCUUUACAAGACAAGACAAGCUUAUACGGCAGAGCAAAUAAACGAUGCAACGUAUGUUGCAAUUAAUAGUAACAAGGCCGUCUUUGACAGCCUGAGGAACAAUCUCAAAGUACAAUUUGAUGGGAAGCGUUUCUCGUACAAGUCCAAGCAUGAUUUGAAUGGAAAAGAUCAACUGCUUUAUUUGAUUAGAAAGUAUCCUGAGGGUCUUCCUGUUGUGGAGGUCAAGGAUGCGUAUCCAACUGUAUUGGAAGACUUACAGGCUCUGAAAGCCUCUGGUGACAUCUGGUGGCUGUCAAGCAUGGACUCCCAGGAAGACAUUGCGUACCCGAAUGAUCCUAAAUCAAAGAUCAAGGUUGAUGCUGAUUUGAAGCAACUGUACCGGGAAAUAGAGCUGCCGCGGGACAUGAUAGACAUUGAGAAGGAGCUCCUGAAGAAUGGCCACAAGCCAGCAACCGACACAACCAAGCGGCGUGCGGCGGCGCAGAUCAAUGGCCAGCCAAAGAAGCCGAAGGCCAAGAAGAAGCAGAAACAGAUCACUAAAAGGACCAAGCUCACAAACGCACAUAUGCCUGAGCUGUUUGACCUGCCUGGAGGGAGAAACACAUAAAGCUUUGGGGGAAUUUCAACGUUUGAGAGCUCACAAUAAUAUCAUUUUACAUAUACAAGCCAUUCUGGUUUUUCUGUGUUCCAUGAGUAUCGGCUUGAACGAGUUGCUGUAUUCUCAGACACUCGAAAACCAAGCCGGAUGCUAAAUUAUGUUAUAAUGUUAUUUAUACUCAGUUGGUUGCUCCUGUAAAAACUGAACCGAGAUGAAUAACAGCAUUCACAUACUAUCCUGA